ACAAAUUGAUGCAAAAGGACAUAUGAAACAAUUUUCCCUUAAAUGUUAUGAAUAUGGACGAUAUAGCCCUACUUAUGGAAGUGAAAGUCAUAUAAUGCCUGGAAUUGAAAUUCUGGAUGGAAUUGAAGAUGCAGAAAAAUUACAAGAAGCUAGAAAAAGAAAAAAAGGAGAAAGGAUUGAAGCUGAUUUAUCUGCAAGUGAUAAACGUAUGAUGGAUAUUGCAAAACAAGGAAUGACUGAAGACGAAGCAGUUUUUGCUGUUGAAGAAGCACUUGAAAAACAGCACUUUUUGUGGUCUGAUAAAUAUAGACCUAGAAAACCUCGUUAUUUUAAUCGAGUACAUACAGGCUUUGAUUGGAAUAAAUAUAAUCAAACUCAUUAUGACAUUGACAAUCCACCACCAAAAAUUGUUCAAGGAUAUAGAUUUAAUAUUUUUUAUCCUGAUUUACUCGAUCAGACACAAACACCCAGUUUUGCAUUAAUAAAAUGUGAGGAUUCUGAUUUUGCAAUUCUUCGUUUCAAAGCUGGUCCUCCAUAUGAAGAUAUUGGCUUUAAAAUUGUAAAUAGAGAAUGGGAGAUUAGUUAUAAACAUGGAUAUAAAUGUCAAUUUCAGAAUGGAGUUUUUCAACUUUGGUUUUUCUUUAAAAGAUAUAGAUAUAGACGAUAA